AAAAAAAAAAUAUCGCAACUUUUCUCAUCUUCUUCUCUCUUUCGUCCCCAAACAACCCUAAAUACUCUCAGAUCCCUUCGCCGAAUGAUUCCGACAUGGCUGUGAUGCCGAAGACCGAUGCUAUACAGAUCCGUGAAGUAUGGGCUGACAACCUUGAACAAGAAUUCUCCCUAAUCCGCGACAUCGUCGACGAUUUCCCCUUCGUCGCCAUGGACACGGAGUUCCCCGGUGUCGUAUGCCGCCCAAUCGGAUCGUUCAAAUACACCUCCGACUACCACUACGCAACCCUACAAGCCAACGUAGGCAUGCUCAAACUCAUCCAGCUAGGUCUCACCUUUUCGGACGAAGACGGAAACCUUCCCACUUGCAAUACCGGCCUCGGUUGCGUCUGGCAGUUCAAUUUCCGCGAGUUCAAUAUCCAGCGCGACGUUUACGCAACAGAUUCCAUUGAAUUACUUCGAGAAAGCGGCAUCGAUUUCGCCAAGAAUAGCGAGCUUGGCAUCGAUGCGCAGCGAUUUGCGGAGCUGCUUAUGUCUUCUGGUGUGGUUCUUAACGAGAACGUGAACUGGGUAACAUUUCAUAGUGGGUAUGAUUUUGGCUAUCUUUUAAAGGUGCUUACUUGCCAGAAUUUGCCGGAGACGCAAGCUGGAUUUUUUAAUCUUCUUAGAGUUUAUUUCCCGACCCUAUAUGAUAUUAAGCAUCUGAUGAAGUUUUGUAAUAGUCUUCAUGGUGGGCUUAAUAAACUUGCUGAGUUGAUUGAUGUGCAGAGGUUUGGAGUUUGUCAUCAGGCUGGAUCUGAUAGUCUUCUUACUUCUUGUGCUUUCAGGAAGCUUAGGGAGUCUUAUUUUAACGGUUCGACUGAGAAAUAUGCUGGUGUGUUGUAUGGUCUUGGUGUGGAGAGGGCAGAAUAGUUGAAAUUGUUGGAAAUUAUAAAGAUGAAGAAAAUCUAAUUAUAAAAUAAGAUUGUAAUUGAAAAACGAAAGCUCUUGGUUUCAGUUGAUUUUGCUCUGUAUGUGCUAUGUGCAGAUGUUUUAUUAGAUCAAAAUGACUGCCUUUCCUUGAUAUA